AUGAAAUUGAAAUCUCUGGUGAUCGACAAGUGUAUGGGAAUCAAAGUACUACCUCUUCACAUGAACAUUUUCUCUUCGAAGAUUCGAUCGUUGUCUAUCAUAAACUGUCCCGGUUUUGGUAACGUCGGGUUGACAUGUCAUCGGUUAAAGAACAUUGAUUUCAGUGGCUCGAUUGGAAUAACCAACUCUGAUCUUAUGGCUAUUAUAAAACGAUGUACUUCUGGACUAGUCAAUGUGAAUCUAAGCGGUUGUUUGAACUUGACGGAUGCAGUGGUUUCAGCUAUGGCUUAUCACCAUGGUGGCACUCUCGAACAAUUGUGUUUGGAAGAUUGUCACGGUGUUAGUGAUUUAAGCGCGAUGGCGAUUGCUGACAUGUGUAAGACGCUGAAUGAGCUGGAUUUAUCUGGGUGUAAGAUUUCUGAUUUUGGUAUUGCUGUUUUGGCAUGCAGAGGGGAGUUUGAUUUGCAGAUCCUUUCGUUGGCUGGAUGUUGCGAUAUUUCUGAUGAAUGUAUGCCUUUUUUGGCGAUGUUGGGGAAGAAUCUGGUGGGAUUGAAUCUCAAGAACUGUUGUUCAAUUACUAGUGGGUUUAUAGACCAACUAGUUGACAUCUUGGGGAGUUGUGAUGUUCUUUCAUGA